AUGAAGUUCAACGGCCUCCGUCUGCUUUUCCUAUCGGCGGCGACGCCUGCUCUCGCGGCCGUCCUCGCAACCUCAAACCCCGAUGACUCGACCAGUCACCAGCACGUCAUCGGUGGUGACCACUUCGACAGCGACCGCUUUACUUGUGACCUGCCGCCGCCCGUGGCUCCGCCGGCCAGCGACGGCCUGCCCUCGGCCGACGAGCUGUUCGGGAGUGCCGAGGCUCGCGAGCUCCAGGCGCACCGUCUGGCGGCAGCUGUCCGCGUGCCGAGUGUCAGCUACGACGACAUGCAGGACGUCGACGUGGACCCGCGCUGGGUCGUCUUUGCCGACCUGCACCGCGUGUUCGAGGCGCUCUUCCCGGUCGUGCACCGCCGCAUGACCGUCACCAAGAUCAACCAGUACGGCCUUGUGUUCAGCAUCAACGGCUCCGACACGAGCCUGCGACCCAUCUUGCUCACGGGCCACCAGGACGUCGUGCCCGUGCCCGACCCGUCUGCCUGGACGCACCCGCCCUUCUCGGGCUACUUCGAUGGCACCUGGCUGUGGGGCCGCGGUGCCGCCGACGACAAGAGCAGCGUGACGGCGCUGCUGUCGGUGGCCGAGGCCCUCCUCGCACAAGAGGACUGGACACCGCGUCGCACGCUGAUUCUUGCCUUUGGCUUCGACGAAGAGUCGCUGGGCGAGCGCGGUGCAGGUGCGAUUAACAAGCACCUGGAGGCCGUGUAUGGCCACGACUCGAUGGUGCUGCUGCUGGACGAGGGCGGCUCGGGCCUUGAUCUGGUCCCGGGCCGCGGUGAUGGCGACGAGGACACGCUCUUUGCCUUGCCGGGCGUCGCCGAAAAGGGGCAGAUCAACGUCUUCUACGAGCUGCGCACCCGCGGCGGCCACUCGUCCAUGCCGCUGCCGCACACGGCCAUUGGCAUCGCCGCCGAGAUCGUGGCUGCCCUCGAGGCGCACGCGUACGCGCCCAAGCUGGUCGAGGGCUCGCCGCUGCACAACAACUACGUGUGCCGCGCGCGCUACUCGCCCGACGCGGACCGCAACGUGACCCGGCUGGUUGCCAACAACGAGCUGGCGGCGCUCGCCGACCUGCUCGCCAGCUACGACCCGAUGCUCAAGUUCCGCCUGCAGACGUCGCAGGCUGUGGACAUUAUCCAUGCCGGCCUCAAGAUCAACGCCAUGCCCGAAAAGGUCGAGAUGGGCGUCAACUACCGCGUGGCGCCGCACGAGUCGCUCGACACCGUCAAGCAGCGCACCGUCGAGCUGCUGCAGCCCAUUGUCGCCAAGUACAGCAUUGCCCUGACGGCCUUUGGCAAGGAGGUCAAGGCGGCGGCUGAUACUGACACUGCUGCAUCCGUUGUCGGCGCCGACAGCGCGGUCCAUGCCCAGUACGACGUCGACUACGACGCCUCGCUCGUUGUGACGGCGCCCAUGGAGCUCCCCGUGGCCCCCAUUACGCCCACCACCGGCCCUGUCUGGGACCUGUUCUCGGGCACGAUCCAGCACACGUUUGCCUUUGACGGCGGCCGUGUCGUGCCGGUGGGCGACAUUAUGAACGGCAACACGGACACGCGCUCGUACCUGGGCUUGACGCGCAACGUCUUCCGGUGGGAGCCGCUGCGCGCGACGUCGUUCCAGAACAUGCACGCCAUUGACGAGGCGAUGCACAUCGACGGCCACAUGGAGGCGGUGCGCUUCUACUACAACCUCGUGCGCAACUUUGACGCGGCGGACGUGUAA